AUGUUUUGGUUUAAAAAAAGAAUAGAUGAACAAUGCAAAGAAGAGAAUUGUAAAGAUAAUCCAAUUGAUCCUUCAAAUUUGGAAUUUGUAGAAAACAGACGAGGAAAGCCCCCUAAUACUAAAGAAAUAGGUAGAGCCACUUGGCUUUAUCUACAUACUAUUGCUAAUCAGUAUCCAAUAAAUCCAACAGAACAAGACAUAGAGGAAUGGUCUAAGUGGUUCAAUUCAUUUACAAAAUUAUAUCCUUGUAAACUAUGUCGGACUGGAAUUUCUAAGGUCAUAAAAAAUUUCCCACCUAGAUUAUCAAAUAGAGAUGACUUUAUCUUAUGGGUAUGUGAAUUCCACAAUCUAAUUAAUAAGGAUCUUGGUAUAGAGACCAAACCAUGUAAUAUAAAGAAACUUAUAGAAAUGUAUCCUUAA